GCUACAGCUCAAGUGUUGUUUGCUAAAUUUCACAAAAAAAUCGUUAACAUGCCACACGAUGAGCUCUGAGCCGGAAACGAAGCGACGUAAAAUGAUGGAUGCACUUGUCAGCGGAAAUAGCGGCGAUGAUACCGUGCAGGAAACCACGCAAGUCACUGGAGUGUUGGCCAACAAAACGCUGGCUAGCCGGGCGGCCACUGCCUCCCCUUCCGGUGAUUUCGCUGAUACAUCCUCGCAUAAAUGCGUUGCUUUGAUUGCUAGCGAGUCUUCAGCGAUAGUGAGUGACGCCCCUGAACGCCAUAUUGAUGUUUUCGAACAAAACUGUGAGUUUGGCGACUCUUGGGCGAACAAGUUUCAACUGCCGCUAAGUAAAUGCACACAGCGCACUAUACGAACUGGAAACAAUUUCUAUGAUGCGAUAAUACCGGAUCUUCAGCUGAUAGGCUAUAAAGCGCUUCAAAUCAUUGCAAAGGGAAAAUCGGGUGCCUUAGUCUUGGCUCAAAAUCUUCAUAAGGUCCAAAAUCUUGACGAGAGCGAGACUAUUCCCGUUGCUUUAAAACUGAACAGCGGGAAAUCGCGACGCACGGGUAACCGCCCCGGCGCCAAGGUGGAGAUGCACGAGGAGAUGGAGAUCCACCGGAAGUUGGCGCAUUCCAACAUCGUUCGCUGGCUGAGCAAUUUGGAAUACGAGGGCCGCCUGGCUACCGUCAUGGAGUACUGCGAGAACGGGACACUAGAGGACCUUCUCAAGCUACAGACGGCGCGAUUCCUACCGGAGACUGUCGCCAGGCGCUACUUCUGGCAGAUGCACGCGGCGGUGGAGUAUUUGCACGGGGAGGGCGUGGCUCACAGGGACAUAUGUCCCCAGAACCUACUCAUAGAUCGCAACAACGUCCUCAAACUCUGCGAUUUCCGGUUCGCAGUUAACGUCUACCCUGGGUAUAAUUUGAAGGAGGAAUGCGGCUCACUUGGCUACCAGGCGCCGGAAGUGCUGUCAGGGUCGCCCUACAACCCCAGUCUGGUUGACAUCUGGGCUAUGGGCGCCACGCUGUACGUCAUGUGCACCAGCCGUCCACCCCUCGGAACCAUCCGGUCGGAUAUUUUGGAGAACUCGACCCGAGAAAUCUCGUUUCCCGCGAGUCGUGUGAUGACGUUUUCCAUCGCUUAUAAGGAGCUUGUUAGGGGCCAGCUUGCUGCCGUCCCCUCAUCCAGGUAUAGCCUCAACCGUAUAGCUCACAGUGCAUGGUUCACCAAGGCCGACAACUCUCUUCGCAUCGGAAACUUCUACAGAAUAAGACAACCGUGCAAAAUGAGUGAGGGCGCCCUUGAGCGGGAUGUCAAGGAAAAUCUCAAGAUUUAAAUACUGUCCUAUUUAACAGUAGUUUUUCCUCUUCACUAUAUCUGUCUUUUGAAGUUAGAUUUCAAUAAUUAUCCGAUCAUUUGUAAUU